AUGCCCAAGAACAAGGGAAAGGGUGGUAAGAACCGCAGAAGAGGAAAGAACGAGAACGACAACGAGAAGCGCGAGCUCACCUUCAAGGAGGAGGGUCAGGAGUAUGCCCAAGUCGUCAAGAUGCUGGGUAACGGCAGACUGGAAGCACAAUGUUUCGACGGCGAGAAGAGACUAGGACACAUCCGUGGCAAGCUGCGAAAGAAGGUCUGGAUCAAUCAGGGAGACAUCAUCCUCCUGUCGCUGCGUGACUACCAGGACGAGAAGGGCGACGUCAUCCUCAAGUACAACGCAGACGAAGCACGAAGCUUGAAGGCAUACGGCGAGCUGCCCGAGUCGGCCAAGAUCAACGAGACCGACACAUACGGCGGCGAGGAGGAGGGCAUCGGCUUCGACUUCGGCGAGGACGACAGCGAGAGCGGCGGUGAGGUCGACAUUGACGACAUCUAA